GGACCUGCCUGGGGCUCCAAGGACAAGUGCUUCAGCAAGAUGUACACGACGAGUGGGGAGUGCUGCAAAGCCUGCAACCUGGGAGAGGGGGUGGUGCAGCCCUGCGGGGUCAACCAGACUGUCUGUGAGCCCUGCCUGGACAGUGUCACCUACUCGGACACAGUGAGUGCCACGGAGCCCUGCAAGCCCUGCACGCAGUGCGUGGGGCUGCAGAGCAUGUCUGCCCCCUGCGUGGAGUCGGACGACGCCGUGUGCCGCUGCGCCUACGGGUACUACCAGGACGAGGCCAGUGGGAGCUGCCAGGAGUGCCGGGUGUGCCAGGUGGGCUUCGGCCUCAUGUUCCCCUGCCAGGGCACCCAGGACACGGUCUGUGAGGAGUGUCCCGAGGGCACCUUCUCCAGCGACGCCAACUUCGUGGACCCCUGCCUGCCCUGCACCACCUGCGAGGACAACGAGGUGCUGGUGAAGGAGUGCACGGCCACCUCGGACGCCGAGUGCAGAGACCUUCACCCUCGCUGGACAACACACACCCCAUCUCUGGUGGGCUCUGACAGCCCCGAGCCCAUCACCAGGGACCCCUUCAACACCGAGGUGGUGCCCAGCACCCUGGCAGACACUGUCACCACCAUCAUGGGCAGCUCCCAGCCCGUCGUCAGCCGCGGCACCGCCGACAACCUCAUCCCUGCCACCUGCUCUCAGCCUGGGGGAUGUCACCUCUGGCUGUCACCUCCCCUCUGCUCUCCCUGCAGGUGGAACAGCUGCAAACAGAACAAGCAAGGGGCCAACAACCGCCCGGUGAACCAGACACCCUCCCCCGAGGGGGAGAAGCUGCACAGUGACAGUGGCAUCUCUGUGGACAGCCAGAGCCUGCAUGGCCAGCAGCCACCCAGCCAGAGCACCCAGGGGCCAGCACCCAAGGGAGAUGGGAACCUCUACACCAACCUGCCAGCCAGCAAGCGGGAGGAGGUGGAGAAGCUGCUGGGCAGCUCGGUGGAGGAGACGUGGAGGCAGCUGGCUGGGGAGCUGGGCUACAAAGAAGAUCUCAUAGACUCCUUCACCCGGGAGGAAUCUCCUGCCCGGGCUCUCCUGGCCGACUGGUCCUCCAAGGACACGGCCACCCUGGAUGUCCUGCUGGCCGCCCUGCGCAAGAUCCAGCGCGGGGACAUCGCCGAGAGCCUGGACAGCGACUCCACGGCCACCUCCCCCGUCUGA